AUGGAGCACCUCGUGCGCGACCCGGCUUGUCGGACACGGGUGUACUACCUCACAGCCGAAAGGAUGGAAGCGUUCAAGGUCACAGACACGCUCCGUGCAAGAAUGGUGGAGAAGUGGAUCUGGUGCGUGAAGAGGGAAUUUCUCGACGCUGCAACGACCAAGUGCGUCGGUUUGGACUGCGAGUUCACCGACCCUCGCAAGGCCGGUGAGGAGCAGCGCGCCGCCGUCCUUCAACUCUCGGUGGCGUCCGAGACGUUGGUGUUCCAUAUUAUUCAUGCCAAUAAAGUGGCACAAAUGCUCAAGAAUUUUUUGGAGGACGGGAACAUCAGAUUCUGCGGCGCCGCUAUCGGCAAUGAUGUGAAAAAGCUAAGACCUCACGGCAUUCACAACACUUCUGCGUACGACCUCCAGAAGGUAGUCCCGAACCCCACCACCAAGCCCACUCCAAGUCUAUAUGAUUUGGCAAACCAUACCAUUGGGACAAACCUUGAGCAGAAGAAGAAGUACAACCACAAGAACAUGAUGGACGCCGCCGCGCAAGAAAAAUAA